AUGUCCGAUAAUACAACAAUACAAGAUAUCGAAAAUACAAAUAAGUCAAAUACUUGGAUUGAAGAAGUUAUUGAUAAAGAAUACUUAAAUUAUUAUGAAUAUAACCAAUUUAGUAACAUUCAAAAAAUUGGUGCCGGAGAUUUCGGAAAAGUGUACCAAAAUCAUCAUAUUAAUUAUAUCCUGGUAAUGGAAUAUGCAGACAGUGGUAGUCUUCGAAACUAUUUGAAGGAUAAUUUCGGUAAGCUUACUUGGAAUGAUAAGCACCAUAUGGCCUAUCAGUUAGCUUGUGCUGUAUCAUGCCUACAUAAUAAGGGAAUUGCACAUUGUGACUUGCAUUCUUACAACAUAUUAGUCCAUCAAAAUAUGAUCAAAUUGGCAGAUUUUGGUUUAUCGAAAAGAAUCGGAACAUCAACUAAUUUUCAAUCCAAAGAAAUGAUUCCUUAUGUUGAUCCAAAAAUCUAUAAUAACAACAAUAACCAAACAACACAAAUGUUUUCAUUAAAUGAAAAAAGUGAUAUUUACAGUAUUGGUGUGUUACUAUGGGAAAUUUCUAGUGGGCUACCUCCUUUUUAUGCUAAAGAUAAACAAUAUGAUGUUAAUUUAACUUUGAAAAUUGCACAAGGUCUUAGAGAAGAAGUUGUUUUUAAUACACCUGAAGAUUACAUAAAAAUUUAUACUAAAUGUUGGGAUGGUGAGCCAGAUAAUCGUCCUACUAUAUAUCAAGUAGUUGAUUGGUUAAAAGCAAUUAUUACAAAACUAGACGUAAUAAUAAAAGAUACUCAAUUCUCAAACAAUCAAAAACUUAAUUCAGAAUCACAAGAAGAAUUACUUCAACUUAACAAAAAUUUUAGUAAAAUAAAUAUAAAAGAAAUUGAUUCUAUAACAGUAUCAUAUAAACGAGAGAAACUUUUGUUUGAAAAAGGGUUUGACAUAUUAGUUGAUGAAAUGAAUGAUUAUUUAAUUAAAUUAGCAAAUAAAGGAAUUGAAUGGAUAUUAUUAAGACAAGAAGUUAUUGAAUAUUUUAAUAAUCAUAAUAUUAAUUUAAAAGAAAUUUAUAAUUGGUUAUUAAAUAAUCAAAAUAAUUCAAAUUCUAUUUUUUUACUUGGAUAUUUUAUUUUUUUUGAAAUUGAAACAAAGCUUAAUGCUGUGAAAGCAUUUAAUUUAUUUAUUAAUGCAUCAAAAAAAAAUCAUAUAUUUGCACAAUAUUUAGUUGGAAGUUGUUAUAAAUUUGGUAAUGGAACUAUAAAAAAUGAAAAAUUAGCUUUUGAAUAUUUUGAAAAAGUGGCUAAUAAAAAUUUUACAUAUGCUCAAGUUGAAAUUGAUGUGUAUAAGAGACUAGUUGGAAGUUGUUAUAAAUUUGGUAAUGGAACUAUAAAAAAUGAAAAAUUAGCCUUUGAAUAUUUUGAAAAAUUGGCUAAUAAAAAUUUUACAUAUGCUCAAGUUGAAAUUGGUUUUAAUUAUAAGAAUGGGAUAGGUGUUAAAAAAAAUUCAAAAAAAGCUUUUUAUUGGUAUGAAAAAGCUGCAAAUAAUGGAAAUUUAAUAGCUUUAAAUAUUCUUGGACUUUAUUAUAAAGAAGGAAUUGAAGUUGAAAAGAAUUAUAAUAAAGCUUUUGAAUUAUUUGAAAAAUCAGCUGAAGGAGGAUAUUCAGAUAGAAUAAAUUCAUUAGGAUAUUGUUAUAUUUAUGGUGUUGGAACUAAUAUUGAUAUGCAAAAAGCAUUUGAAUUAUAUCAAAAAUCAGCAAAUUUGGGAGAUAAGGGAGCUCAAUAUAAUCUUGCUAUGAUGUAUGAAGGAAUUACAGAUAUGGAUAAAGCUAUUUAUUGGUAUGAAAAAUCUGCCCAACAAGGUGAUCAAGAUGCACAAUAUGAAUUGGAAAAACUUAAAAAAAAUCAAUAA